AUGGGAGGAAGCCCCCACAACAGCUCAGGGCUGCCUCCUUUCACCUUGACUGGACUCCCAGGGCUGGAAACCUCUCAACACUGGAUGAUUUUGCUCCUUGGUCCUCUCUACAUUGUCUCCAUUGUGGGCAAUGCCCUUAUCCUUCUCAUUAUCAAGGAGGAGCAGAGCUUACACCAGCCCAUGUACUACUUCUUGUCCAUGCUGUCAGUUAAUGAUCUCGGUGUGUCUUUCUCCACACUGCCCACGGUUCUGGCCACUUUUUGCUUCCACUUGAAGGAGAUAAGUUUCAACUCAUGCAUGACCCAAAUGUUCUUUAUCCAUUUCUUCUCCUUCAUGGAGUCUGGGAUCCUGUUGGCCAUGAGCUUUGACCGCUAUGUGGCCAUCUGUAACCCCCUGCGCUAUGCCACGGUGCUCACUGAUGCCCACGUUGUGCGAAUGUGCAUAUCUGUUAUUAUCCGCAGUUUCUGUGUCAUCCUCCCACUGCCUUUACUUCUGAAGAGGUUAUCUUUUUGCAAGGCCAAUGUUCUUUCUCAUGCCUACUGCCUGCAUCCAGACCUCAUCCACCUGCCUUGUGGAGACAUCACUAUCAAUAAUGUUUUUGGUCUCUUCAUUGUCAUCUCUACCUUUGGCCUGGAUUCUGUACUUAUCCUCAUCUCCUAUGUACUCAUAGUUCGCUCUGUACUGGCCAUUGCUUCUCAGGAGGAGAGGCUGAAGACAAUCAACACAUGCAUGUCACACAUGUGUGCUGUGCUGAUCUUCUAUGUGCCCAUGGUUGGUGUUUCCAUGGUUGCUCGCUAUGGGAGGCAUGCCCCACAGUACGUACACACUCUCAUGUCUCUGAUAUAUCUCUUCAUGCCUCCGAUGCUCAAUCCUGUCAUAUAUUCUAUCAAAACAAAAGAGAUUCGUCGGAGGCUGUGCAAAAUACUACUGGGAACCAAGUUCUGA